UCUCUCUGACCUACAUGACCCUGAGAGGUCUAAGACUCAGACAUCCAUCAUCAACACAUUUCUGUAUUCUGUGUUGCAGAUAUAAAGAAGAAUUCUAACUAUAAGUGUUUGGGGGUGUUUCAUAACAAGAAGGAGGAAGGACUAACUCAGCAAAUAAAGAGGAAGAUACAUUAACCAGCAACAUAUUUUGACUUGGACAGUUUAAUAGUUUAAACCCUCAGAGCUGCCGCUGUUAUUUUUCCUGGAUGCAGGAGAUAAUCAUCUAUUAAUGAGGCUGCACUGAUGAUGUCACGCAGAUUGACUCCUCCUCUUCCUCUGUUCUUUCUGCUCAUGAUUUCAAGAGUCGUGUCCCAGUGGAGUUGGAGUGUGACUUAUACACCGAGCUCCAUCUGUGCUCUAAAGGGAUCGACAGUGAACAUGGGCUGCACAUACACAUAUCCAACUGGUUACACAGUUCAGAGACCUUUCUGGACCAGACAGUUGGUUACAGAUAAAGAGCCUCCUGAUCUGUCUUUAGACCCAAAGUACAGAGACAGGGUUCAUUACCUCAGAAACUACUGGAAUGACUGCCGACUCAGACUGAGUGAUGUGACAGAACAGGACCAAGGCAAAUACUACUUCAGAUUUAUAACAAACCCAGUAGAAAAGUAUCAAGGUAGAGAUGGAGUUGAACUUACUGUCACAGAUCUCUGGGUGGAGAGGAUUCCUGGUGGAGUUGUUGAGGGAGAUGAAGUUACUCUCACAUGUAAAACCUCCUGCAGUCUGACUGAGACCCCAAUAUUGGCCUGGUACAAAGAUGGAAGUUAUUUCUCCUCCUCUAACCCGCUCCAUCUGCCAUCAGUCAGUCAGCGGGAUGCAGGCAGCUACAGAUGUUCUGUACAGGGACAAAGUUAUCGCUCCCUUGCUGUCACUCUUGAUGUACAAUAUCCUCCAAAGAGAGUCUCAGUGUCCAUCAGUCCCUCUGGUGAGAUAGUGGAGGACAGUUUAGUGACUUUGACCUGCAGCAGUGAUGCUAACCCACCUGUAGAAAGCUACAUCUGGUUUAAGGGAACAUCCUCUAUAAGUAGAGGAAACACCUUCACCAUGAGCAGGAUCAGAUCUGAGGACAGUGGAGAGUUUACGUGCAGGGCUGAGAAUAAACAUGGAAGUCGAUCCUCUACUGCUCUGUCUCUUAAUGUUCUGUAUCCUCCAAAGAAUGUCUCAGUGUCCAUCAGUCCCUCUGGUGAGAUAGUGGAGGGCAGUUCAGUGACUCUGACCUGCAGCAGUGAUGCUAACCCACCUGUACAGAGCUACACCUGGUAUAAGGUGAAAGAAAGCUCACCUGUAGGAUCUGGACAGAGUUACAGCUUCACACUGACCUCCAGCAGCAGUGGAUGGUUUUACUGUGUGGCUGAGAAUAAAUACGGGAGUCAGAGAGCACCUGAAGUGGGUCUCACAUUAAAUGGGGGCAGGAGUGUGCUUCUGUAUGUAUUACCUGGAAUCAUUUUUGGAUGUGGAUUUUUACUUGCAAUUGUUGGUGUUUCAUUCAUCAGGAGAAAGAGACGCCGUGGUACAGCUGAAGAUGAAAAGUCAAGUCAGGAAUGUGCCUACAGCACUGUUAACAAGAGUCCUGCAAACAAAAGUCCAACACCUCAUCCAGACCUGGUCAAUCAGAACGAUCUUCAUUAUGCUAGUAUCCAGCACAGGAAGCCAGGACGUUCUCCAAUCCAGGCCUCUGGCUCUACUGCUGAUGAGCUGGUUCAGUAUGCUACUGUCCAGUUUCGGCAUGACAGAGUGAUAGAGACCCAAGAGCAUGAUGAGGAGUAUGCUAAUGUCAAAAUUAAUAUCACUGGUGCUGCUUACAGAUAAGAAAAUGUGUAUGUGUCACAUAAAUAUAAAUUAAAUAGUCCUUAACUAA